AUGGCCGGUGGUCGUCUGGAGUUAGACGCGUCGGACGACAACGAUGUAUUACUCGGGAAACCGAACAGUCAGCAUGCCGGUGCAACUUCCGGCGGCGAGGAGUGCGGCGAACGAAGAGGUCGCCGCGGAAAGCAGAACCAAAACGACGAGAGAAGGGGACGAAGGAGACGGCGACGAAGUGCGAAGGAUAUCGCGAGUGAGAAGAUCAUUCCUAAAGUUCCGUUUGCCGGCGGCAUCGUCAAGAGCGCCUUUCUGCUGGCGCUUAUCUGCGCUCAGUGCUACCUCGCGGGCACCGAUGCCCUCGCCGGCACGCAAAAGUAUUCCACGCGUACGGUCAAGACGCGGUACGGCGUUCUGCGCGGCGUCGAGGCCAGAUCGUCGACCGCGGUCGAGACUUACUACGGCGUGCCGUAUGCGACACCGCCACUCGGCGCGCUGCGCUACAUGCCGCCGGUCACUCCGACCCCGUGGCGCGGCACCAAGUUUGCCGACACCAUGCCGCCGGCCUGUCCGCAGCGCCCGCCCAAACCGGACGCGAGUCUGCCGCGGCAGAAGCGCGCCUACCUCGAGAGGCUAGCGCCCAUGCUGGCCAACCAGAGCGAAGACUGCCUCUAUCUGAACCUCUACGUGCCCAAACUUUCUCACGGUAGUAAGGAUCUGCUGCCGACUCUUCUUCUCAUACAUGGCGAUUCCUAUUCGUGGGGCGCCGGGAAUUCAUUCGACGGGACCGCUCUGGCCGCUCACGGACGCCUCAUCGUCGUUUCCAUCAAUUUUCGUCUCGGAGUGCUCGGCUUUCUGAAAACCGGAUCGAAGGGGAACGCUCAGGGCAAUUACGGAUUGAUGGAUUUGGUGGCGGGGCUUCACUGGCUGCGCGAGAAUCUUUCGGCUUUUGGCGGCAAUCCUCAGCGACUGGUGUUGCUAGGCCACGGCACCGGGGCGGCUCUCGCCAAUUUUUUAGCCGUCUCCCCGAUGGCGAAAGAGUUGAUCGGGAGGGUGAUUCUGCUAGGUGGCUCGGCGCUCUCGCCAUGGGCGGUUCAGCGCGAUCCGCUAACGGUGAAGCGUCGAGUCGCCAAUCAGACCGAAUGCCCCGGUGACGUCGAGACCGACGAUAUCGCACCGUGCCUUCGUUUAAAGAACGUGGAACAGCUACUGGCGGUGGAGUUGGACCCGCCGAGAUUCACUUCCGGAUUUGCGCCCUUCAUCGACGGCGCCGUUCUACCGCUGACGGUCAAUCAGAACUUUCAGCCCACUGCCUCUUCUUCGGGACUACUGCCGAUUGCGCCCGGGCCCGGCGUCGAAUUUGCGGACUUCGGCGAUCGCGAUUUACUUUUUGGUUUGACGUCCGAGGAAGCUUGGGUGAAUCUCACCAAGGAAGAUUUACAGAGCGGCUUGAACGAGACGAGAAGGGAUCGCAUAUUGCGCACUUACGUCCGGAAUACUUAUCGGUACCAUCUGCAUGAAAUCUACUCGACUCUUCGGAACGAGUACACCGAUUGGGAACGGGGCGAGCAGAGUCCCGUGGCGAUCUGCGAGGGUCUCUUAUCUCUCCUCGGAGACGGUCAGGUCGCCGCGCCUCUCCUCAGAUUGGCUCUGCUGCAUUCCACCUCCACCACCACGGGACGGGGUUACUUCCUGCACUUCCAACCUGGCGAACGGCCGAGUCAGAGGGGCGAGGAGCUACCGUAUCUUCUGGGUGUACCUCUUCUCCGCGGGGAGUCCACGUCCACGCUGUCCACUUUAAGCAACUACACCUCAGCCGAUGAGAAUCUGUCGAAGCUUCUCGUGCACUACUUAGCUAACUUUAUAAGGCAAGGGGAUCCGAACGGUGCAAGUCCCACGGACAGCGGCCCGGUGAGUCCGCCGUUCUGGGACUCAUACGACCCCAUAAAUCAGUUGUACCUGGAGGCCGGGUACAAUCCGGAUAUGCGUUCGCACUACAGAGGUCACAAGAUGUCACUCUGGCUGAACCUGCUACCGCAGCUGCACCGGCCGGGCUACGAGAUCAACAUGCGCCAUCAUCAUCUCGCCGAGAGUCCCGGUCUCUACGAGGGUCUGGUCCGCCCGCAGAGCACAGCCGUGCCGCUACCGCCACCCCCGUUACCCCUACCAUCUCCCACGGAACCCUCCUCAAUCCUGACCACGUUGUCCACCACGGAAUGCGCUCCAAACGCCACCGUCGCGACCACUAUCGUCCCGACCACCUCGCGAACGCAGCACCACUCAAAUCUCGGUCCGGGUCCAAACAAUUUAUUGCGCAAACUGGCAUCGGGCCAUUAUCAGAGCUACACAACGGCUCUCACCGUAACCAUCGUGGUGGGCGUGUUUCUGCUGCUGCUCAAUAUCCUGAUCUUCGCGGGGAUUUAUCACCAACGCGAUCGAAGCUCGUCCGGCGGCGGAUUGUCGGGCUCGUUCAGCAGCAAGAAGAAGGAGGAGCUGCUCGAGGCCGGUUGUUCAGGCAUGGACGCUUCCGGUAAACAACGAUUGUCGUCUCCCUUAGAUCUGAUGGACUCGCCGACGUCGAUGCUACCGCCGCACAAGGCGAAGCUCGUGCAGGAGCUGGAGAUGCAGCUGCAGGAGUUCCAGUGCUCCCCGCCGCCCGGCGGUGGCAAGCGAAUUCUGGAACCGCCGUCCUACAGCAAGAAUCCUUGCAUUCAGCGCACCCGCACUCCGUCACCUUGCGUGGACGCAACGAUCGCGCGGAUGGACGAGGUGAACGAGGUCGGUGGUGUGCCUAACGACAGCGAGGACGAAAACGAAGAGGAACUUCCAGAACCACCCCCGCCUCCCAAAGCACCCGCGCCCAACGUUGGCCUCACGUGCCCGGGAAUUUUGCGGCAACCCGGAACACCCGGUAGCGCGAAGAAGCGCGUGCAGAUUCAAGAGAUCUCCGUGUGAUAAGUAGGGAGGGCUCGCGGUCUCUCGAGAUCUUUGAUGUUGAAGAGAGCCGUCCGCCCGACAACGCGCCACUGGAGGACGGUGUCGAUCGAGAUCAAGUGCAGCAAGGGGCUCCUUUGAACUCUGAUUAUCAUCAGGGACGCUCGAGAAGCUCCGCUCUCUUCUCUCCUCACGUCCGACGAAGCAAAUUUUCUUCCUCUGACGAAUCAUUAUUUCCUUAGCAUUUCGUUCGCGAAAAAAAAAUAAAUAACGCGUUUUUUCACGCGAGAUUUAUUAUUAGAUUUAUAUAAUCGUCGGAGUUUUAAACCUUGUUGUUGUAAACGAGGUUAAAGUUAAGCGGCCGUUUUCGCGCGCGCGCGCGCGUCGAAAGUAAAAAAAAAAAAAAGAUUCUUCUCUUCUCGAUACUUCUCGCUCUCAACAAACUUGUUCCAGAUACCCUGAAGAAGCGCGUUCACAUAAUCCCGUUAUUCAAGAGAUCUUCCGCUUAAAGAGAGAGGGAGAGGGAGAGAGAGAGAGAGAGACGCGCGCGGGCAUCGACGAUAAGGGGAGAGAAAAAAAAAAUCAUCGAAGAAAGUGAAACAUAAAUUUUUACUCGCUCCGAACAUGCGGUUGUACGGUGUCCUGUGAACGAGUCGGCAGUGUGUUGCGUAGACGUUCUCGGCGGCUUGUGAUUUGCGUAUAGAGCGCGCGAAUUUGAUUGAAACGCGAUGACAGGCCACGGAACAGACGAUUCCUUUGUAUCCGAGACUUGUUGUAGGAGGAGACUUCGUCCGUUUGAUUUUUAGGGACGACAGCGUCUGAAAAAAAAAAAAAGAAAAACCUGCGGAUCUUGGCUGAACUUUUGUUUUGUUGACUCUUUCAGCCGAAUCCUCCGAUAAUCUGGUUAAUUAUUGCGUCACGAUAAAUAGUGCGUGUCGCAAAGAACGGCGGGAUUGACGUGAUCUCAGGAAUACAACAGAAAAAAAAACCGCAAACGCGCGCAAAAAACGCUUCUUCACGGCAGGCGCGUGCAUUGGUGUCCGUCAUGGGCUGAAUAAAACAAAAAAAAAAAAAAAA